AUGGCAACCGAUAUUGCAAGCAAGGGGCUUAUAUCUCCCGUCGAUGUUGCUGAAUAUUUGUUUACGCGGCUCCAUCAAGUGGGGAUUCGAUCUAUCCAUGGCCUUCCAGGCGAUUAUAAUUUGGUGGCAUUAGACUACCUCCCGCAUUGUAAGCUCCAGUGGGUUGGCAAUUGCAAUGAAUUGAAUGCUGGAUAUGCGGCCGAUGGCUAUGCACGCGUACAUGGAAUGGGAGCGGUCGUCACGACCUUCGGGGUUGGAGAGCUCUCAUCCCUCAAUGCUAUCGCGGGGUCCUUUUCCGAAUUUGUGCCUGUUGUCCACAUCGUGGGCCAGCCAAACACAGUUUCCCAGCGGGACGGAAUGCUUCUCCAUCACACUUUGGGCAACGGAGAUUUCAACGUCUUUACCAACAUGAGCGCCAACAUUUCCUGCUAUGUCGCCAGGUUAAAUCCCAUGCAAGACGCCGCAGCCGAAAUCGACAACGCAAUAAGAGAAUGCUGGAUUCGAAGUCGACCCGUAUACAUCGCGCUGCCCACCGAUAUGGUGAAGCAGAAGGUGGAAGGAGAUCGUUUGAAAACUCCCAUUAACCUGACACGUCCACCAAACGAGGAAGAAAAGGAAGAAUACGUCGUGGAUGUGGUCUUGAAAUACCUCCACGCUGCUAAAUCUCCCGUCAUCCUUGUUGACGCCUGUGCCAUCCGUCACCGUGUCCUCGAAGAAGUGCAGGAUCUCGUCCAGAAAUCCGGAUUGCCGACUUUCGUCACACCCAUGGGGAAGAGCGCUGUUGACGAAACCCUUCCCAAUUACGGUGGUGUCUACGCCGGCGAUGGCUCCAAUCCAGGAGUCAAGGACUGUGUUGAAUCAUCCGAUCUAAUUCUUAACAUCGGCUCCAUUAUGUCCGACUUCAACACAACAGGGUUUUCCUACCGCAUUGGCCGUAUGAAUUCAAUUGACUUCCAUAGCAACUAUGUCGCCGUCCGCUACUCCGAAUAUCCAAAUAUCCACAUGAAGGGCGUUCUCCGGAAAGUGGUUGAUCGGAUGGGAAAGUUGAACAUAACCCCCAUCCCGAAAAUUGCAAACCAAGUACCAACAAACGAACGUCUCUCAGCGCAAUCACCCAUAACACACUCGUGGUUUUGGCCUACGGUUGGUCAAUGGCUUAAGGAAAAGGACGUUGUGAUAACCGAAACGGGCACAGCCAACUUUGGCAUUUGGCAGACAAGAUUUCCCAAGGGCGUCACUGCCCUUAGCCAGGUUCUAUGGGGAAGUAUUGGGUAUGCUCUGGGUGCUUGCCAGGGUGCUGCCCUCGCAGUGAAAGAGAAGUUUGAUGGCAGGCGAACGAUAUUGUUUAUUGGCGACGGGAGUUUCCAGCUCACGGCGCAGGAAUUGAGUACCAUGAUCAGGCACGAACUCACUCCUAUCAUCUUCGUAAUAUGCAACGACGGCUACACUAUCGAGCGAUGCAUCCACGGCUGGGAUGCGGUAUACAAUGAUAUCCAAGCCUGGAAAUUUAAAGAUCUCGUGCCAGCUUUUGGAGCCCAAACUGAUAAAUUCAAAACCUACUCGGUCAGGACGGAGAAGGAAUUGCUAAAUUUAUUCGCGGAUGAGAGGUUUUCUUCUGCAAAAGUCCUCCAGCUUGUCGAACUACACAUGCCCAAAGAGGACGCACCGGCCACAUUGAGGCUGACUGCUGAAGCAGCUGCAAAAGCCAGCACCAGGAACAAGUAA